CCCACUGUUUUAUAGGCAGCAGCUCCUCCGAAAGCGAGGUCCAACGCUCCCCCGCUCCUCCAUUCGCGCUAAGCCCACCCAACAAAAUCUCUCCCCAAACUGCCCCCUCGCCGGCGCCCCCCGGCGGCGAUGUGCCCGACGACGCCCGAUCGCGCCAAUAAGACCGCCGCCGCCGGCUCCGGCGACAGGAGCUGGCGGGAGGAGGCCGCGGCCGCCGGCUCGCUGCGCCAGGUCGACCUCGACCGGGGAGCCAACGGCUGGGCGUCGCCGCCGGGGGACCUCUUCCACCUGCGCUCCCGGGGAUACUUCUCCGGCGGCGGCGGAAAGCGCGGCAAGGCUCCGUCCGCCGCCGAGUGGCUGCUCCGCCCCGCCGGCGUCGACUGGCUCCGCUCCCACGCGCGGCUCGACCACGUGCUCGCCCGCGACGACAACCGCGUCGCCGCCGCUUUCCGCCGCGCGCGCCUCAGGAAGGACCCCACCGCGCACUUCCUCCUCGCCGUCAAUCUCCAGGUGCCGGGCCGGCCGGACGCGUACAGCGCGGUGUUCUACUUCGCGGCGGAGGCGCCCAUCCCGCCGGACUCGCUGCUCGGUCGCUUCGUCCACGGCGACGACGCCUACCGCAACGCGCGCUUCAAGAUCGCCAACCGUAUCGUCAAGGGCCCAUGGCUCGUCCGCGCCACCGUCGGCAACUACGCCGCGUGCCUCCUCGGCCGCGCGCUCACCUGCCGCUACCACAAGGGCGACGACUACCUCGAGAUCGACGUUGACAUCGGCAGCUCCGCGAUCGCCAGCGCCAUCCUGCACCUCGCGCUCGGCGCCGUCACCUCGGUCACCAUCGACAUGGGCUUCCUCGUCGAGUCCCAGUCCGAGGAGGAGCUGCCCGAGAGGCUCUUCGGCGCCGUGCGCAUCGCGCAGAUGGAGAUGAGCGCGGCAAAGUACGUGGAGCUGCCGCCCGAUGAGGCCAUGCCUGAGACAGCCGGCAGGGCUGGGGCAGGGUUCAGGGUCAGCUCGGCCAAGGUGGUCAAUCACAGCCGCCAGCAAGAACAUGCCGGCGGCAAGGUCGGCAGGUCGAUGAGUUGCCCGGGGCGAGACAGCGGAGCACAUGGUCACAUGCUCAUCUUUUAGUUAGGUAUGUCAUUAACUGAUAUCUGAGGGUGGACUGGAUUGUUAAGUGGAGGCAGUUGAGUCUUACAAGGCAUGAGAAUUGAUGGCAAUGGCUUUGGCCCGAUUUAUAGUCUUCAACGCCGCAUCCUUGAUUCCUUUAGAGUUGGGUGGGCGUAGCGCGAAUGGUUUGAUUAUUCCGUUUGGUACUGUGAUGACUGAUGACAAGGACCAUUGCUGCUGUCAUUGCUUAUGGGAAGUGUGCUCUAGGGAUCUGAUGCUGUGAGCUAAAUAGUACGGCCAUUGGCAAAAACAAAGGGCAGUAUUUGUCUUGAUGUGACUUCUUUUAAUAUGGUCUAAGAUUGUGAAAUCGGAUGACAAUACCAAUCACUGGGCGUGUUCGCUUCAGCUUAUAAGCCGGCUGAAAAGCUGAAACGGCUGAUUUCUUGUGAGAGGAAAAUACUGUUUGAUGGCUGAUAAACCGGCUGAAUAAGCUGAAGCGAACAGGCCGAGUGUCAAGAUAAUCUCAUGUUUCUUCUUGGUAGUAUAUGGCACUGUGCCCACUUCGUUCCCCUAGUUUCAGGACAUGCAAAGGUUGCAAAUUUGGAUACUCUUCACGUGUAUGCAACCGCAGUCCUCUGUCCUUCAGAAGUUCCUCACUUGUUUAGCCUGUGGUGCCUGUACAGAGCAUACUCUAUAGCUAUAGUAGGUGAAAAUGUGGAAUGUAGGUUGGAGUCUCUUACUGGGCUAGAAAGAGAAGUUUAGGCAAUUUUCUCCACAUUGGGCACUUCUGCCAGGGUACAUGGGAGUAAUUGGGUAGAUGUGCGUUGGUGGAUUUGCCGUAUGCUGUCCCCCAUUAUGCUCCCUGUAACGCCUGUUAAAAUCUACCUGUUUUCUGUACCUCUGGUCGCAGAUGGAUGGACCACGAUCUGUCUCUUGGGAAAGCAUGUUGCUUCCCUUGUUAAGGACGGGAGGGUUGGUGCUGGGUUUAAAACUUUUCUUGAACAAGAUUGCCUU